AUGUCCCGACGAAUCUUUUGGUACAAUACGUUUGUACUACGCUCAGCACUUGCCAUAGCUAGCUCUCGUGGAGGCAUUUCAGAAGUGGAUAAACGGAGACCAGUCGUUCCCAUUUUUUAUCUUUACCUCUUUUUGAUUGUGUUGGAGAUUUCAGUCUACUCCACUGCGAUUUAUUUGGAAGCCUCGUAUAGCGAACGACAUGCCAAUGUGUGCUUUUUCUUGCGAGUCGUCUGUAUUUCGGACCUGUUUCUACUCGUGACGAACGUCAUUGUCUUCCUAAUCUCGUUUGAUUCAACCGGCCAUGUUUGGCGAAACCACCCGGAGUUGUGGUGCUUUGAGGAAAGUGACGAUUCUCAUCGCCUUAAUUUUGAUCAGGCACAUGCUGUUGUCGCACGUCUCUGGCGUCGGCGGAUCCGUUGUUUGUCCUGUUCGCGCAGCAUCUGUAGUCGAAUGAAUCUGAAUGCUAAACCGCAAAGUCAUGACGCCAUGAUGCUCGUAUCUGAUAUAGUAGGCCAGUAUUUUAUGACAAAUUUGGUGGCUUCAGAUGUCCUUGCAGGGUUGCUUCUACUGCGAUGGCAAACUUAUCAAUGGGUUGGCUGUGGGAGGCGAGUUCCUCUGCAACGCAUUAUUGAGGACUCUGAUAUAUACGAUCCGGUCACUGACCCCCCACCCCAUAGCAAUCCUCCUAGUAUAUCGCCCGCUCAAGGAAGCGAAGACCCUUUCAGUCGUUUGGCCUCGGAUUGGCUCAGCAUACGUCGUCUCUGGAUCUACUCGAAAUUUGCUUCCGCGGUCUAUGGUCGGCUGCUCUACGUGUUUUCGCACCACCUUUCCCCGCGCGCCUCAUUUCGAUUGUGCAAGCACAUGCAAUGCUUGGGCGGCGCGAGGUCCUGCUGCACGUGCGGUAACGAGGAUUUGAAUCACCCUGAAACUCAUCCCUUCUUGAACCAGUCUGAUGACAUCACAGCGGGGUGUUGUAUUUGCAACCGUGACACCUGCAAUAUAGCCGUUUACCAGGAGGUGACCGGUGCUCCCAUCGAAAGCCUUGUGUACUACUCGUCUGUAAACGACGUCUACCAGCCACCGUUUUUUGUCUCAUUCGAUGAUGAAUCAGAAGUCAUACUAGUCACGAUCCGAGGAACUCUGUCUCUCGAAGAUAUGAUCGUUGACAUGCUGGCUGAGGGCUUAAGCCUCUCCGCGGGCGAGAUGCCUCCCGAUGUCACUGUUGGUGAUAUUCAAGGCUACUACGUACACAUGGGCAUCCUCACAAGUGCUCGAAACCUUCGUGACAUCAUCUUGCGUCUCCAGCUAAUUGAGAAGGCCCGUUUGAAGAGGCCGUCUUACCCCUUAGUGGUGUGUGGCCACAGUUUAGGUGCCGGAGUUGCCUCUGUGUUGGCUUUGCUGUUGAAGAAUGCCAACAUCGCGCGCUACUGCAAGUCCUUCGUUGUGUCAGUCAUUCUGGGUUACGACAUAGUGUCUCGCCUCAGCAUUCCCACUCUGAACGACCUCAAGUGGCGUCUUCUCUCUGCCCUGCGAGAUUGCAAAGUGCCGAAAUAUCGUCUUCUCAGUCAGGCGGCAGGUAUUGUGGGCCUGAAUUGCUUACUCCCAUCGUUUUGUCGAUCAACAAACAAAAGCAUUGGACUGUACAGGGGUCAUUUAGACGAGACUUGCCAAUACCAUCUGCUCCACCCAAGGGUGCUCGACCCUCGACCACCCCCUGCUGCGUCAACAACCACUUACCCUCACUCCGGCUCGGGAGCCCUUGAGAAUUGUGGGCAUUCCAUUGCUGACGCUUCAAGUGGUGGAGAUGUGACGUCGUCAGCUCCUAGACCCGUUCGUUACCUUGAGGAGGGUCGGUCACUGUUUCGAUGGUUACGCAUCAAGACCGAUGUUCUGUUGCGAACAAAUUCCUCUGCCGCAACCUGUGGUCUCCUUGCGUCUGCUGUAAAGAUACCUGAGUUCAGCACUACAAUUACCUCGGACUCAACGGAUUUUAGUGAGACAAGCGGUUUUUGUGGAGAUCUGGUAUCUAUGGAUACAAAUGUACGGUUCGCCGGUCUUGUGGUCCACAUUGUUGAGGUACAAGACGAAGUCACAGAGUCUGGUGGAAUUGGGGUGUGGGACAGGCCUUACGAGAGGACUGGAGGCCAUCAUCCUCCUAGUAGAGGAAGCCAUCCUCCUCCGGUAGCUAUAUGGACGAAUUCGCGUCAAUUCCAGUCCAUCCUUAUUCACCCGCGAAUGUUGGCGGAUCACUUACCUAGUGAAGUCACAGCUGCGCUCUAUCGUAUAUUCUGCGCCACUUGCAAGUAUCAAGGUCAACUGCAGGCGGAGUCACCAAAUUCCUCUCCCCUUUUACCUGGUGACUCGGUUUCGCUAGAUGGCGAGGCUCUAAUAAGACGCCUCAAAAAGCCUCUACGCUGA